CGUCACUUCGUAAGGCUCUUGAAUUUUUUGUAAUUUUUUUUUGCGUUUUCAGAUUCUAGGUUCUAGGGUUUUAUUCCCUUCCCUCCGCUCCCUGAGCUUGAGCUGAGCUUUUCCGGGAUUUCUAAAGCGGAAAAUUGAACACCUCCAUUUGCAUCUUCAGGGAGAUAACUCUUUUGAGUAGAAAUGAGUGCUACAGCUCACAGGACUCCUAAAACAGGGAGGCAAUCUCUUCUCUUUCAAGAUCUAGCUUCUCCUGUUUCAGCACGCAGAGGGAAAUUCUCGAGCCCUGGCCAAGCAGCUGCGGUUUCUGCACUAUGGCGUGAAAAUUUCGGAGGAUCGGAUCUGCCACCACCUCCAAUGUAUACAUUAGAUGACCGGUCUGAUUUCUCUCCUGAGUCGGGCAUUGCAGACUACUCGGUGUCUCCAGAUGUCAAGUCUGACAGAAGAACGCCUUUCCAGAGCUCUGGAAAAAACGUUGUAACUCCUGGUAAAGGGAAGUUAGAAGCAAGCACGUCUUUUUCUCUACUGAGUGCACAACAGAGUAGUCAGCAAGUUUCAGGGAGUCCAAGUUGGUGGUCGCAGUCAAAGGCGGGUAGUAGUAGUACUGAGCAGGAUGAUAAAGGGAAUGGAUCUCCUGUAGAAGGAGUGAUUCAGCCAGGUGCAUUGGUUACUCUUCCUCCGCCGAGAGAAGUUGCUAGGCCAGAGGUUCAGAGGCAGGUUAUACCCACAGGAAACCUUGAAGAGGAAGAGUGGGUCACUGUCUAUGGAUUCUCUCCAGGUGACACAAAUUUGGUACUACGAGAGUUUGAAAAGUGCGGUAUGAUCUUGAAACAUAUUCCUGGUCCAAGGAAUGCCAAUUGGAUGCACAUCCUCUACCAGAAUCGGUCUGAUGCACAGAAGGCGCUGAACAAAGCUGGGAUGAUGAUAAACGGAGUGGUAAUAGUAGGAGUAAAGCCAGUAGACCCGAUACAGAGGCAAGCGUUAAACGAAAGACUCAACAACCAAGGAUUCAUGCCUUUACCUCCACCAUCAACCACUAGGGACUCUGAGUUUAAUACAGCGAAGGCCUCUUCUCGUCCUCACUACUUGCAAAACGGAAGCGCUUUCUCACCUCAACCAAGUGGUGGCGCCAUGGCCACUCCAUCAAAGUCGAUGGUCUCAAAAUUCUUUGACUUGAUGUUCGGCGUUUAAAGCUUCUUCGAAAUUAGCAUUCCCCGAGUGGUUCUUCUAUACACAAGAUAAUGUGAAGUUUUGUGAGCAAGAGUGGGUUAAGUAAAUUCAGAUUGUGAUCAAAAUUUAAAUUGUAAGAGGUGUUUCCAAAUUGUCUUUUGUAUUGACUGUUGACUAAAAUUGGUAUAAAUCUGAUUAUAAAAGAUAUCACAUUGGCUA